AUGCGCGGCAGAGGAACGCUCCUGCUCCCCCUGCACCUCCUCCUGCACCUCCUCCUGCUCACUGUCGGACUGAGAACUUCAGCAGCAGCAGGCUCGGUGGAGUAUGAGAGCGACCUGGUGGUGCCCUCACAGCUGGAGCAGGAGGAGGCGCAGCUGAACUGGAGCAGCGGGCGCCGGAGGCGGUCCGAACACGGGCGUGACCACCUGUACGUGGCGCUGCCCGCGUUCGGUCAGGAGCGGUACCUGAGGCUCCAGAGGGACGAGGAUUUUCUGGCUGAGGACUUCCUGCUGGAGGACAGGAGUCCUGCAGGGACCGUCCGGCAUGACCCGGAAUUCAGGGGGCGGUCCUGUUUCUACACGGGCGUGGUCCUCAAUCACACACACUCCUUCGUCUCGCUGGACACCUGCGGCGGCCUGACGGGUCUGGUUCAGACGGGCGCUGAGACCCUGUUCAUUCAGCCGGUGCUGCGGGAGCUCCAGACCUUCUCAGGUUCAGAGCACCGGGUGUUCCGACAGAGACGUUCCGCCCAGGAACCGAGCCCAUCCCCGGACAGGCGGCCCAAAUUCUGCCAGCUCAUCAAAGGAAAGCGUAAAAGAUCUAAAGACGCAGAAGAUGCCCGUGGGAGGAGGAACGCCAUCCGUUUGGGUGGAGGUUACACGGUGGAGACGGUGCUGGUGGCGGACGCUGACAUGGUGCAGUACCACGGGGCGGAGUCGGCUCAGCGCUUCCUCCUCACCGUCAUGAACAUGGUGUAUAACGUGUUUCAGCACCCCAGUCUGGGCGUACAAGUGAACAUCCGCCUCACCAAACUGGUCCUCCUGCACUCACGCCCAGAGAAGCUGAAGGUGGGGCAUCACGGAGAGAGAACCCUGGAGAGCUUCUGCCACUGGCAGCACGAGGAGUUCGGGCGUGGCCGCUAUUUAGGGAACAAUUACGUACCUGGAGGACGGGACGAUCCUCCGCCCACAGACAUCGCCGUGCUGGUCACCAGGACUGAUUUCUGUGUGAAUAAAGACGAGCCGUGUGACACCGUGGGAAUCGCGUACCUGGGCGGAACCUGCAGCGCCAAGAGGAAGUGCGUGGUCGCCGAGGACAACGGGCUGAACCUGGCCUUCACCAUCGCCCACGAGAUCGGACACAAUAUGGGUAUGAGCCAUGACGACGACCACGCCGCGUGUAAGGACCACUCCCACAUCAUGUCAGGCGAGUGGGUGAAAGGUCGUAACCCCAGUGACCUCUCCUGGUCGAGCUGCAGUCAGGACGACCUGGAAACGUUCCUCAGGUUGAAGUCCAGCUCUUGUCUGCUCCACACGGAUCCUCGGAGUCGUUACAAGGUUCGUCUGCCCGCUAAACUGCCUGGCAUGCACUACAGCGCCGACGAGCAGUGCCAGAUCCUGUUCGGCACCAACGCCACCUUCUGCACCGACAUGGAGCACCUGAUGUGCGCCGGUUUGUGGUGCCUGGUGGAGGGAGACGCGUCCUGCAAGACCAAACUCGACCCGCCGCUGGAUGGCACCGAAUGUGGCGCUGACAAGUGGUGCAGGGCCGGUGAGUGUGUGAGUAAGACCCCGAUCCCUCAGCAUGUGGACGGUGACUGGAGCUCCUGGAGUCAGUGGAGCGCUUGCAGCAGGAGCUGCGGAACAGGAGCGCGAUUCAGACAGAGGAAGUGUGAUAAUCCACCACCAGGACCUGGAGGAAAACACUGUGUGUGGGGCAGCGUGGAGCACAGAGUGUGUGAGGCUCCGCCCUGCGCCAAGGGCUCGCCCACAUUCCGCGACCAGCAGUGCCAGUCUCACGAGAGACAGACGGGCAAGAAGAAGAACCAGGUGUGGACCGCCGUGGUCAACGACGAGAAGCCGUGUGCUCUGAUCUGUACUCUGGCGGGCAGAGAUGCGCCGGUGCUGAUGGCCGAGCGGGUGUUGGACGGGACGCCCUGCGGACCCUACGAGAGCGACCUGUGUGUCCACGGCAGGUGUCAGGGAAUCGGGUGUGACGGCGUUAUCGGUUCCUGGGCUAAAGAGGACCGCUGUGGUGUGUGUAGCGGCGACGGUAAAUCCUGCAGGAUCGUCCGCGGAGACUUCAACCAGAGCCGCGGCCGAGGUUACAUCGAGGCGGUGGUGAUACCUGCCGGAGCUCGGAGGAUAAAGGUGGUGGAGGACCGACCGUCCAACAGCUUCCUGGCUCUGAAAGACUCGAGCAGGAGAUCCAUAAACAGCGACUGGAAGAUCGAGCUGCCGGGGGAGUUCCAGCUCGCCGGCACCACCGUCCGCUACGUUCGCAGGGGAUUGUGGGAAAAGAUGUCCGCCAAGGGACCUACUAACACUCCUCUGCACCUUAUGGUUCUCCUGUUCCACGACCAGACGUACGGGAUCCAUUACGAGUACACGGUGUCCCUGAACCGGUCUGAGGGGGGCAGCACCGAGACGCCUAGAGAACCCGAGCACGUGUACCUGUGGACCCACAGCAGCUGGGGGGGCUGCAGCGUGCACUGCGGAGGAGGAGAGAGACGCACCCUGGUUUCCUGCAUGAAGAUGCUAAACAAGAGCAUGACGCCGGUCAACGAGAGCUACUGCCAACCGGAGAACCGGCCGGCGCCGCAGGUCCGCCCCUGUAACGCCCAUCCCUGCCAGUACAGGUGGGUGGCGGCUGAGUGGGGCGGGUGCUCGGUGACGUGUGGUGAGGGUCUCCAGCGGCGGCGGGUCACCUGUGUUUAUCAGCUCCAGAACGGCUCGUCUCUCUCCACGCGGGACCUGUACUGUCUCGGCGCCAAACCCGCCGGCGUGCAGCGGUGUGAGGGACGCCACUGCCUCACCGUGUGGAACACCAGCGGGUGGAGUCAGUGCUCGUCAGAUUGUGGGCGGGGCCUCAGGAGACGGACAGUGACGUGCACCAAUCCCCAGGGUUUGUGUGACUCCGCCUCUCAGCCCGCCCACCAGGAAGUGUGUGAGGACUUUUCUAAAUGCUACGAGUGGAAGACUGGUGACUGGUCCAAGUGCUCGUCGUCGUGUGGGCGUGGCCUGCAGUCCCGGGUGGUCCAGUGCAUGCACAGGGUGACCGGUCGCCAUGGUAACGAGUGUCCGGCGGGUCUGAAGCCUCCAACGUACAGGCAGUGCCAGCAGGGGGCGUGCAACCAGAGAAUCAACGUCAACACCAUCACCUCGCCCAGACUGGCGGCGCUGACCCACACGUGCCUGGGGGAUCAGUGGACGGUUUACUGCCGGGUGAUCCGGGAGAAGAAGCUGUGCCAGGACAUGCGCUGGUACCAACGCUGCUGCCAGACCUGCAAGGACUUUUACGCCAGCGCCGCGCGGCGGGAGACGGCGUGAGGCGGGCGUGGCCGGACCCCGGGCGUGGCCGGACC